AUGAACGAUGAAUCCGCUUUCCCCUCCUCUUCCGCGCCUUCCACUUCCGCGCCUUCCGCACCCAACUACGCCGAUGAUGUUUCCACCCACCAUAAUCAGCCCCAACAUGAACAAGAUCAACGAGAACAACAACAACCAGGCGCUACUACGACAAGAAAUCUGACUCCUUCACAAAUCACCGCUCGCAGGAAACGAAAUCUCGAGAAUUUCAAUCAACGCCGAGUGCAUUUACUCGAAGAUUUAUUGAAAGGGUUGGAUGUUUUGGUUUUUGCUGAGGUGGGGGUUGGGUAUUAUUUCGAUUGUUCCACCCCCCUUCUACUCCUUCGCUCCGCGAUCCAAUUCAUCUAUCUCACGCCCAAAAACCCACUUUUCCCCGCCCCGCCUUCCGGGACGAGAGUUUUGGGGAUUGUGUGUUUGGUGGGAUGCUUGAGUGUUCUGUUUCAUGUUUGGAGGGGAGUGGGAAGUGGGGUGGAUAGGCGGGGAUAUUUACAUGGCGGGUUGGUGUUGGAUUUUAUUGGACAGGAAGAUCCUGGGGGGUGCAUGGGGCUUGUGGGAUUGGAUUUGCUGGUUGUGGGGUUGCAGGUGCUUUGUUGUGCCGUGAAGAGGGUUCGGGAGAGGGUUUUGGGGGAGGGUGCUUCUUCUUCUUCUUCUUCUUCUUCUGUUGCUGGUGGGGAGAGAGGUGGAGGGAGGAGGACGAGGAGGGUGCAGGGGGUCGAGGAUGAGGAGAGGGGGGUGAGGGGGAGUGAGGAGAGAGUUAGGGAGGAAGGGGUGGAGAUGGAGAGGUUGAAUUUGAAUUCAAACUCUAGCGGGACGGAGGCUGCUGCUGUCGAGAGCGAGGAGGAAGAGCAAGAUAGAAUUGAGUUGUUGGAGCGAUCGGACGCGAGGAUUUUCGAUGCCUUUAAUUCCGGACAGAUUGUGCUUGCGGAUUUACAACUGGGGGAAUUGUUUCGCGAGGAGUGGAGGAGGAGUAGGAGGGGAGAUGGGGAGGAUAAGGGCGAUGCUGGAGAUGGUGAUGAUGAUGGGAGAAGGAGGAGGGAUUUGAGAAGGAGGUUAGUUGAGAGGGUGAGAGGGAGGAUUGGGGGUUUGUGA